CACUCAGAAAAUGUUCCACUGCAAUGUAUGCAAAUGUAAACAUUUAUGGUGGGAAACAAAUAACCUCACAGGACAAUCUCAUACCUGACAGUAGUAGCCAAUACAAGUGGGGAAAAACAGAUUCAGUAGCUGAGUCAGCUCUUCAAACAAAUGAUAACUGUGAGACAGACACAGGUGGAUUUGUGCUGGUAUACAUGCAUACUAUCAGCACACGGGGCCCUGAGGGUAUAAAAGAGGUGUAGGCAGAAGUGUCUAGUGCAGAAAGUUUCAGGAGACUGCAAACAUGCUCAGAUUUCUUGUGUUGACCUCCCUCGCCGCCCUGGUGCUGGCUGAGCUGGAGCCCCAGCCCAGGUACUUGGAAGAUGACUUCAGUGCUCAGGAGAAAGUUGUUGGAGGCGAGGUGGCCAGACCCAACUCCUGGCCCUGGCAGAUCUCUCUUCAGUACAUGUCUGGCAACAGCUUCUACCACACCUGUGGAGGAACCCUGAUCAGGAGAGGAUGGGUCAUGACUGCUGCUCACUGUGUGGACCGUUCCAGGACUUGGCGCGUUGUUCUCGGAGAUCACAACAUCAACAGCCAUGAGGGCAGAGAGCAGUACAUGAGCGUGAGCCGUGUCUACAUCCACCCCAACUGGAACUCCAACAAUGUCGCUGGAGGGUGGGACAUUGCUCUGCUGCGUCUAUCUUCUGAAGCUUCUCUCAACAACUACGUCCAGCUGGGUGCCCUGCCUCCCUCUGGCCAGGUCCUGCCCCACAACAACCCCUGCUACAUCUCUGGAUGGGGACGCACCCAGACCGGAGGUCAGCUGUCUGCCCAGCUGAAGCAGGCCUACCUCCCUGUUGUUGACCACAAUACCUGCACCAGCUACGGAUGGUGGGGCAGCACUGUGAAGAACUCCAUGGUCUGUGCUGGUGGUGGCAGUGAAUCUGGUUGCCAGGGUGACUCCGGCGGCCCCCUGAACUGCAGUGUCAAUGGCCAGUGGGUUGUCCAUGGUGUGACCAGCUUUGUGUCCUCCUCUGGCUGCAAUGCCUACAGAAAGCCCACCGUCUUCACCCGCGUGUCUGCUUACAUCAGCUGGAUGAACAGCAUAAUGGGUUGAGAAGAAAGACUAUCUCCAUGGAGACGAAAGAACACUCAAUAGAUGGAUUCAUCUCAAUUUCUGUCCAACUCCAUCAGAAUAAAAUGUUGUGUGAUGUA